GCCCUCCCCUCCCGUGCAAUGGAAGGGUCUGGGCUCCCCGAUUGGGCCGAGGUGGCGCAAGAGUUGCGUCAGCGGGGGCCGGCUUUAAGGACUAUCCGCGAACUCGUGAGCAGGAGGAGGGGUUGGGCAUUUGGAAGCCAGCAGCCGCCGAGUUGAGAGGAGGAUGAUCCGCGAAGGGAGAAUGAGCCGAAGCCAGCCAGUGGGGGACGGGAUCGCGGGCGAGAAGGGGCCGCGCAGGAAGCUUCGAAUGAAGAAUCGCAUCCGAAUACACCACCACACUUGAAAAUAGACACAGCCUGGCUUUACCUGAACCAUGAUGGCAGAACCGCUGCCUUUCUCUGUGGGUAGCCCAGUCCCCACCUGGGAGCUGGAGGCCUGGUAUGAGGACUUGGAGGAGGUGCUAUCCUUGGAUGUAUCCAGCAGGACAGACCUGCCUGCGGUGGAGGGUCCAGAAUUGGAGGAACCCAGCCUGGAUGAUACAGCUCUCCUUUGGAACUUGGAUGUUUCAGAUCCUUUGGGGGCCAGUGGGAGUGGAGCAGCCGAGAACUGUGACCUGAGCCCUCAUCUCACAGCUGACCUUCUAGAACUUCUAGGUGAGGAGCCCGUGGGGCCCCCUGACUCAGACUCGAGCCGCAGCUCUCCUCCGCAGACUGGUACAGAUGACGACGAAGUGUUGACUGGUCAGAAGAGGAAGCGGAGCGGGCAGCCCCAAGGAAGCAAGAGGCGGCGGGGUAGAGAGCGGGAGCAGCAGAAUGAGCGCAGAGUAGCUGAGCUGACAGCCCAGAAUGAGCACCUCCAGCGGGAAAUAGAGCGCUUGAGUGCGGAGGUGGAGGCGACCAGAGCAGCACUCAUCCAGCGUAUGGUGAACCUCAAGAGUUAAUAAUGCUGGCCCAUCCCCUGUCAGUACUAAACUGAAUCAUGUUCUGUGGACUAAACAGGACUUCACUCUUCCCAGACCUGAGCAUCUAGGACUUGAAAACAGUACAUUAAGAGGAAGAGGUGAAGUCACUGGAUGGUGUGUGACGUGUGUGUCAGGCACCUUGAGCUUCUGCUUAUUUCCACUCCCAGCGUGGCAGACUUCCCUUGCAGUCUAGUUGUGAGACUGGUGGCCACAGACACCUCCAUCAGUCACUGACAUCUACUGGUUCUGCCUUUGGCAGCUGCCUGAACUGCUUUUUCACUACCCUUCCUGCCUCUUGCCAAUUAUGUAGGGGGUUCGGGAUAAAAGAAAACUCAGUGUAUAUAACUGUAGACAAAUGCGUGUGUACUUAAAAUGUCUAUAUAUAAACAAAUAAAACAUACUUUAAACCAUGUAA